GCCGACAUUUAAACUUCGCCCUCAGACGAGGCGAGAGUGAGCAAGAUGGCGGCUGCCCAAGUGUACUGUGUGUGCCGGCAGCCUUACGAUCUCAAUCGCUUUAUGAUCCAGUGUGACAUUUGUAAGGACUGGUUCCAUGGCAGUUGUGUGCAGGUGGAGGAGCAUCAUGCUGCUGAUAUUGACGUCUAUCACUGUCCUAACUGCCAUCCUAUUCAUGGACCCUCGCUCAUGAAGAAGAGGAAUAACUGGCACAGACAUGAUUACACAGAGGAGGAGGACAGGAGGAGGCCGGUUCAGGCAGGAACAGCAGUGUUCGUACAGCAGCUGCAGGCCAGGAGCUUCCCCAGUGCCGAUGAGAUCGUGGUCCGGAGGCAGGGAGGUCAUGUGACAUGCCAGUACCUGGAGACCAAGGGGUUCGAUUACCCGAUCAUAGUGCAGGACAUGGAGGGGCUGGGACUCAGACUUCCCCCACCGUCCUUCUCCGUCAGAGACGUCCAGCACUAUGUCGGCGGAGAGAAAGUGAUCGACGUGAUUGACGUGGCUCGGCAAGCGGACAGCAAGAUGAAGCUCCGAGAGUUCGUGAAGUAUUAUUACCAACCCGAACGUCCCAAAGUGCUCAACCUCAUCAGCCUGGAGUUCUCUGACACCAAGAUGGCUGAGCUGGUGGAUGUACCGAAAAUCGCCCGUGAAAUGUCCUGGGUGGAAAAGUACUGGCCGGACGACUCCAUCUUUCCCAAGCCGUUUGUGCAGAAGUACUGCCUGAUGGGGGUGAAGAACAGCUACACCGACUUCCACAUCGACUUCGGAGGAACCUCCGUGUGGUACCACGUCCUCUGGGGAGAGAAGGUCUUCUACCUGAUCGAGCCGACCAAGACCAACCUGGCUCUGUACGAAUCGUGGAGCUCCUCAGCCAAUCAGAGCGAAGUGUUCUUCGGGGAGAAGGUGGAGAAGUGCUACAAGUGUGUAGUGAAGCAGGGCACCACCGUACUGCUCCCGACAGGUUGGAUACAUGCGGUUCUCACAUCUCAGGACUGCAUGGCCUUCGGGGGAAACUUUCUACACAACCUGAACAUCGGCAUGCAGCUCAAGUGUUACGAGAUGGAGCGAAGACUGAAAACUCCAGAUCUGUUCAAGUUCCCGUAUUUCGAGGCCAUUAGCUGGUACGUGGCCAAGAACCUGCUGAAGACACUGAAAGAACUCCGAGAGGAGAAGCGCCAGCCUCCGGAGUAUCUAGUGGACGGAGUGAAGGCUUUAAUCUCUGCCCUGAAGACUUGGUUAAGGAGAGAGUUAACGGCGACAAACAGCGAGAUUCCAGAUCACAUCCGGCCGAGUCUCCUGAUCAAGGAACUGAGCAGGGAGAUUCGUCACCUGGAGGUCCAGGAGGAGGAUCCUCAGGGGAAUGGGGAAAGCACAUCUGCUCAUUCUUCGCUCGAGAAACGACGAGUCGCCCGACGACUCGGAGAUCAUCAUUACCACCAUCAUCAUCAUCAUCAUCACGAGCCCAAACUCCGAUCAAACCUGGACAUUUUGGAGCUCCACACUCGCGAGGUGCUGAAGAGGCUCGAGGUCGGCCCCCUGGAUGAGCAGGACCAGGACGUGAGCUCUAAGGUGAACAGGAAGUUUAAGAAAGUCGUCCAGGCGUCUGCCGUAACUGUUGAGGAUAACCAUGACAACGCUUUGCGGCUGGUGCUGUGUAACGGCAGAAUCAUGUGUGAGAGGCUGCGUCUUGGGAACAGAGCUUUGAAACCUGAGCAAGACGAGACAUCGUCAUGCCAACAGCACCACGUUAAACUAGAAAAGCCAUCGUCAUGCCAACAAGUGAAAGUGGAGGCGGGUUUACAGUAUGUGGGUCAGGUCACUCAUCAUGAACUCAGGAUAAAGCUGACGAACCUCUCAGGGUUGCAGAAGAAAGUGGAGCAAAAAGAUGAAGAGGAAGAUGAGAAGGAAAGUUUAGAUUCAGGAAGCUCUGAGGAUGAAGAGGAGUGCAAGAUGCCUAAGAUGAGAAACUCAGGGAGUCAACAUCACAAACCACUAAAAAGGGAGCGUCCCUCCUCCCCCAGCAGGGUUCCACAGGGGGGCGCUGUGACUCAGGAGACGUGGUGCAGUAGCAGUAGCAGUGCAGCGUGUGUUAGCAGUAACACGGGUUCAGUAGAGGAGUGUUUCUACAGCGACAGUUCUCCAUCUCCUGCACUCCAUCCAUCCAAACUACACACACACAACUCCAGCCCCAUCAGCAACCAGGCCACUAAAGGAAAACGUCCAAAGAAAGGCAACGCAACGUCCAAGCAGAAGCUGAGCAAGCUGAUGAAGAUGAGCACACACACUCGACUGCUGCUAUAACGCCACCGCAACACACACACACAUCUCACAAACACACAACUUCUUGUACCUUGCAUGUUAAGGUUCCGAGGUAUGUAGGAACGGCACGAUCACACUGAUGCUGCACGGCGGAUACACACACACACACACACACUCGGGGAAAUUCAGUGCUGAUUUAUUACACAAACAGUGGUGCAGGAGAUCAGGGAGAUUUUCAGAUCUGUGAGAAAAACAGCCAAAUGUUCAUGAGUGGGUUUAUUAUUAUUUUGAUACAGUACGCAGCUUCUGCAGGUGGUGUUCCAAUACUCCUAACAUGCCCUUGUUCAGGAGCCGCUUCAGAUUCUUCUCCAUGGUGUUUAAUAGGGUUGGAGCUCUACAGCAGGAGAUCUUCCACUCCAACCCAUAUAAAUCAGAUCUUCAUGGAGCUGGAGCAGGUUUGAGUCUCUUGGUUUAAACGAAGGGAAGAUUUCAUGCUC